AUGACCUUUUCUUCUUCCCCACUGGAAGCUCGUUCAUCGAGACCUGAUUCAAGCAUCUUCUCGUUGACACCGUUUGUGACCCCCAACAAGACACAAACGUGUAUCCGUGUGACGGGGCUGUGCUGUAAAGGGCGGGAGUUGGAGGGUGGAAUCUUGAGGCCCUUUGAAGAUUCAGGGGAGGAGAAGAUCACCCCUCGGGCCAAAAUAGCUGAUGUUGCUGUGGCUCAUUCUGGGGAGAAUUGCAGACCCCAGAUUGAAACUGCAUUGCCCAAGGACACUCUGGGUGGCCCUGGAGGCCUGGACAAGCAGGACCAGUUGGGAAGCUUACCUGGAACCAUUCCAGAAAGUUCCCCAUCUCCUAGUGAAAGAAACAGAAGAAUAAAUUCAGACCUAGUGAUUGGUGGGUUAAUCCAUAAACCCGAACCCUUAGAGAAUCGAGAGCGACAAAAAUCAUCAGACAUCCUGGAGGAGUUAAUUGUUCAAGGAAUAAUACAAAGCCACAGCAAAGUGUUUAGAAAUGGAGAAUCAUACGAUGUCACGGUGAACACGACUGAGAAGCCUCUAAGAAAGCCACCAGCCAAGCUGAAAAAACUUAAGAUCAAAAAGGAAGUAAAAGAUUUCACGAUGAAGGACAUAGAAGAGAAGAUGCCGGCGGAGGAGGAGCUUAGGAAGACUAAAGAAGAAGAGAUUAAAAAAAGGCUAUGGAGUGACCAACUUCUGACCCUGGCCCAUCAUUCAGAUUCAGCUGAAUGGGGUGGGGAGGAGGCUCCGUUUGCCAAAGGACUUAAAACCGUGAGUUGUGCCGCGUUUGAACCAUCUGAACUGCAAGAAGGAAAGCUGUUGAAAAGGAAGAAGAGUAAAAGUGAUACAACUUCAAUCGACAGAAAUUACAGUUACGAAGGUAUUGGGGGCGUGGAGUCAGACAUGUCCUACAACCAGGCAGAUGACGUAUUCUAAUAAGCCAUUUUAUGUGAGUUUCGUGAAAAGGCUUCCUUUCCCUCAGGUGUGACAUUCUUAGUAUGUGUCACAUUUUCCUUGACAACCUGACCCCUCGCCCACUGGAAUGUGCCUCUGGUUUAGGAAUGGCGGUGUGAGCUGCCUGGGCUGGAGCUUAACUGAGUAAACUAAACGGCUA